CUCUCUGAACGCGGUGCGCGCGCAGCCGGGAAUCGGUGAUGGCGGCGGGGCCUGCGGUUCGCUCUGAGUGCUGAUUUGUCCUUCCCAAAGCUUGGGCGGAUGGAGGAGGAGGCUGCGAGNUGAAGGGCUUCAACAUGAACUCCACCCUUGUCAGGCACCGGCGUAUCCACACCGGGGAGAGGCCCUACAAGUGUGGGGAGUGUGGGAAGAGCUUCAUCCAUAGGUGCCAGCUCUUUUCCCACCAGGCCAUCCACACUGGGGAGCGGCCGUACAAGUGCAUGGAAUGCGGGAAGAGGUUUAAGACCAGUUCAGAUCUCCUCGUGCACCAUCGGACGCACACGGAUGAGAGGCCCUUCCGCUGCACCGACUGUGGGAAGGGCUUCAAGCGGAACUCCACCCUGAUCAAACACCAGCGCAUCCACACCGGGGAACGGCCCUACAAGUGCAUGGAAUGCGGGAAGAGGUUUAAGACCAGUUCAGAUCUCCUCGUGCACCAUCGGACGCACACGGAUGAGAGGCCCUUCCGCUGUACCAAUUGUGGGAAGGGCUUCAAGCAGAACUCCAACCUCAUCACCCACCGGCGCAUUCACACCGGGGAGAGGCCCUACAAGUGUGGGGAGUGUGGGGAGAGCUUCACCUGGAGCUCUGCCUUGACCAGACACCAACGGACCCACCGGUAGAGGGAAGCCCUACCAGUGCCUUGACUGUGGGAAGAGCUUCGGCCACUGCUUCCACCCCCUGAAUGAACCCCCUGAUGGUGAGGCAACCCCUGGAGUCCAGUGACUGUCAGUGCAUCGCUUUCAACCAGAAAGGGCCAGUCCCCUUUCACAGGGGCAGGUUCUGCCAACAGAACCCUUCCUGGGGAUGUGUGGAGAUUCCUGCCUUGGCUGGGGACCCCCCAAGGUCACUCCUGGAGGUUGAGAGCAGAGAUCUCUCCAUGAGCGUUGGUCUGGGGGAGUUCCAUCCAUCUCUAAUUAAGAAUUAUUGCUUUGGUGCCAGCUUUAGUAGAAUUGCUUCAACAAUUGCUUUAGCGUAGAGCCCUGUCCUAUCUUAUCCUGUACUCCUGGUAAUUUUACUGUUUCUAUUGUGCAGUAAAUAAUUCUGAUGAAGAUCUUUUGUCUGAUCGUUUGUAACCCUAAAUAAAUUCCUUUCUAUCAAUA